CAUACAUGUACAUAGGCUACACGCAAAGAAAGUGGGUCAGUGAUUUACAUGUGAUAUAACUUUGUUGUUUGAAAGUCACGUUUCUUACGCGUCAGAAGGAAACGGUCAGAAAAUGUCUACCACGUUGAUUCUGGUUGGCCUUGGACUGGCUGGGGCUGCAUACGUGGGUCGCCUUGCGGUGCAAACGGGGCGCAUUGUCCAAAAGAAUGCUCAUAAGAUUCCUAAACCAACAUUCAGUAGCUACUACAAAGGUGGCUUUGAUCCCAAGAUGAACAAGAGGGAAGCUAGCCUCAUCCUUGGAGUCAGCCCGUCCGUGUCGAAAGCCAAAGUGAGAGAGGCCCACCGACGGAUAAUGCUGCUCAAUCACCCGGACCGAGGGGGCUCCCCAUACUUGGCAACAAAGAUCAAUGAAGCCAAAGAUUAUCUGGAAGGCCAGGCUAAGAAGUAACCCUAUGGAGCUCAGCAUGAAACAUUUUGAACGUCAGAACUGAAACAGUGAACGCGAGUCCCAACCGUGUGGAGUGUGGUUAGAGUUUUACAUCACAGUGCAGAAAGACUUUGGAGACACCAGUCACCAUCUGCGGCGGAGAGCAUUUGUUUUUUAAAUUGAACUCGAGGACUGACGAAAUUGUGGAUUUCUCUAGAACGACGAUCACUCAGUGAGAGCAUGGUUAGCAAAGGUGCGUUGAGUUGGCGACUUGCGCAUUUCCACACAAAGUGCUUGGAGAAACAUGAAGUGAUCCGCGGGGAUCGCCCGUUAAUUGUAAGCAUUGGAGUAUCUGACAGUUCCGCUGCAGAAUCGCUGCACUUUGGGUGCGAGAUGGAUAAGUGUGGUGCUGUGCAACAACGUAUUAUAUUGCAACAGUGCACUUCAGGACUCAAUUUGUUAAAAAUCUUGCACGUUUUUGGAAAAAAAAUGUGACUGACUUGCUACUUUCUGCAUUUGGCAUCGCACAAAUCCAUAGAGUUUGGCGCAGUCAGUUUGUUUGCCCGCUGUUUAUUAUUCAUCUACAAAAUUUAUCUUGCCCCCGAGAAACGAGACAGUCCAACAACACUACGGAUCUUCAUUCUCUUACCAAACAAGGGUCCUAAAAUACAAUUGUCGUCGGGUGAAUACAUGGGGAUUUUUACAUUGACUGAUGAGACAAAGACUUGUGUUGGUGUUAUGUGGUGUCGGAUACGGUUUCAGGGUUAUGUUGGGGGGGGGUUGAAAAAUUUGAUUAUCUAGUUAAUCCAGCUUAUACAUGAAUAAAUUAAAUUUUGAAGAAACCUCACAAAUAAAAUACGGGUAAUAACCAACGACAAUUAGGACUGACGAGAGGCCCUUGUAUUGUACAGAACACACGUUGACAGUUGAUUGCAAAGCUUAACAGAUCUACCAAAAUCACCCAAGGAUACGGCAUGCUACUUCAUAAGAAAAAAAAAAAACAUACAUGUAUUUACACUAACCAAGCAUAAAAGUAUUGCUGUUGAAUAAAAUUACUUGUACAAGGGCAAACCCCUAGAAAAUUA